AUGUCCAAAGAGGUUAGAGAGGUGCUUAUAGAAGUUAACAUCAACGGCGCCUUCUACUGCGGGGAAAGUUACUGGGCAUCAGAUGAUAAAGAUGUGCAGCUGGAGCUUGAGAUCACUGAUGCCAUCUACAACCAUCUCGGCAGCAGCGCAUCUCAAGAGAUAGAUGUGCAGCUGGAGGUUGUGACAGACAAUCAUGUCUCAGUCGGUUACUGCAGUCCAGGAGAGAUGCAUGUGCAACUGGAGGUUGAUGAAAAUGAGGACAUCUCAGUUUGUGAAGUGAAAGAUUUGCAGCUGGAGAUGAACAGGAACGGCAGCGUCUCAGAGCUGAAGAGCCCUGCGCUGGUGUCUGAAGAUCUGAGCGACCCAGCAGGACCUUCAGUGAAAGAGGCCAAUGAUCAGGAGAACAGCCCGACAGAAAGCACUGCUGGGUGGAUGUUCAAGAAAAUAGGUGCAGUCUUCCAGCAAUUGACUGCAAUCUUCCAGACAAAUGCACUGAAUGCUGUUGGGGAACCUGAAGUGGAUCUUCUUGAUCCAGAGGAAUCAUGUGUCCCAAGUGCUCCCGAGCCAGAACCUGAAGUGAAUCUGGUCGAUAUCAAACAAUCCUGUGUCACAGAUCCCAGCGUUCCUGAGCCAGAACCUGAAGUGGAUCUUCUUGAUCCAGAGGAAUCGUGUGUCCCAGAUCCAAGCGAUCCCGAACCAGAACCUGAAUCGGAUCCGGUCAAAACCGAGCAAUCGUGUAUCCCUGAACCUGAAAUGGAUCUGAUUGAUCCAGAGGAAUCAUGCGUCAGAGAUCCAAGCGCUCUCGAACCAGAACCUGAAACAGAUCCGGUCGAUACAGAGCAAUCGUGUAUCCCUGAACCUGAAAUGGAUCUGAUUGAUCCAGAGGAAUCGUGUGUCCCAGAUCCAAGCGCUCCAGAGCCAGAACCUGAAGUGGAUCUGGUUGAUCCAGAGGAAUCGUGUGUCCCAGAUCCAAGCGCUCCAGAGCCAGAACCUGAAGUGGAUCUGGUUGAUCCAGAGGAAUCGUGUGCACCAUGUCCAAGUGUUCCUGAGCCAGAAGUGACAUCAGAGCUUUCAAGGUUGGAAAACUACAUCCAUCUAAAUGUGUUCCAGCUGGAGGAUCGUUUGAGGGAAUGUACACUGUCCAAGACUCCUGUCACUGAGGUCUGGCCCAGGGUCUUCAUUGGAAAUCAAGAGACUGCAUGGGACCGAGAUAAACUGAAGGAGAUGGGAAUUACGCAUAUCCUAAAUGCUGCAGCGCCCAAGAAGAACCUGAAGUUCUUGUUGGGAAUGGCAAGCGAGAAUGACCUACUAGGAACGGUCAAUACAGGGUCCAGAUAUUACAGAGGCAUGAACAUCACUUACUGUGGCUUGCCGUCGUUCAGACACUGGACCAAAAUCAGCAAGUACUUCUUGCCAGCAGCCAAAUUUAUCUAUAAGGCUUUGAGGAACCCAACGAGUAAGGUGUUGAUUCACUGCACACAGGGCCUCAGCCACUCGGCGACUCUGUUUCUGGCUUAUCUGAUGAUCUGCCAUGACAUGAUGGUGGAGGAGGCCAUUGAUCAUGCCAUAAAGUUGAGAUACAUCAAGCCCUAUUUCGGCCAUCUGAAGCACCUGUCCUUCCUCAGUGCUGACCUUGUGCUGCAGCGAAAACUGAAGUUACAAGGCAAAAAACCAGACAAAAAGAUGCAAAAAUGGCAGAUAAAAACAAAAUUAUCAGAACACCACACAAUGUCCAAAGAGGUGAGAGAGGUGCUUAUAGAAGUUAACAUCAACGGCGCCUUCUACUGCGGGGAAAGUUACUGGGCAUCAGAUGAUAAAGAUGUGCAGCUGGAGCUUGAGAUCACCGAUGCCAUCUACGACCUUCUCGGCAGCAGCGCAUCUCAAGAGAUAGAUGUGCAGCUGGAGGUUGUGACAGACAAUCAUGUCUCAGUCGGUUACUGCAGUCCAGGAGAGAUGCAUGUGCAACUGGAGGUUGAUGAAAAUGAGGACAUCUUAGUCUGUGAAGUGAAAGAUUUGCAGCUGGAGAUGAACAGGAACGGCAGCGUCUCAGAGCUGAAGAGCCCUGCGCUGGUGUCUGAAGAUCUGAGCGACCCAGCAGGACCUUCAGUGAAAGAGGCCAAUGAUCAGGAGAACAGCCUGACAGAAAGCAUUGCUGGGUGGAUGUUCAAGAAAAUAGGUGCAGUCUUCCAGCAAUUGACUGGAAUCUUCCAGAUAAAUGCACUGAAUGCUGUUGGGGAACCUGAACUGAAUCUUCUUGAUCCAGAGGAAUCAUGUGUCCCAGAUCCAAGUGCUCCCGAGCCAGAACCUGAAGUGAAUCUGGUCGAUAUCAAACAAUCCUGUGUCCCAGAUCCAAGCGCUCCCGAACCAGAUCCUGAAUCGGAUCCGGUCGAUACCGAGCAAUCGUGUAUCCCUGAACCUGAAAUGGAUCUGGUUGAUCCAGAGGAAUCAUGUGUCCCAGAUCCAAGCGAUCCCAAACCAGAACCUGAAACGGAUCCGGUCGAUACCGAGCAAUCGUGUAUCCCUGAACCUGAAGUGGAUCUGGUUGAUCCAGAGGAAUCGUGUGUCCCAGAUCCAAGCGUUUCAGAGCCAGAACCUGAAGUGGAUCUGGUUGAUCCAGAGGAAUCGUGUGUCCCAGAUCCAAGCGCUCCAGAGCCAGAACCUGAAGUGGAUCUGGUUGAUACAGAGGAAUCAUGCGCACCAUGUCCAAGCGUUCCUGAGCCAGAAGUGACAUCAGAGCUUUCAAGGUUGGAAAACUACAUCCAUCUAAAUGUGUUCCAGCUGGAGGAUCGUUUGAGGGAAUGUACACUUUCCAAGACUCCUGUCACUGAGGUCUGGCCCAGGGUCUUCAUUGGAAAUCAAGAGACUGCAUGGGACCGAGAUAAACUGAAGGAGAUGGGAAUUACGCAUAUCCUAAAUGCUGCCGCCAAGAAGAACCUGAAGUUCUUGUUGGGAAUGGCAAGCGAGAAUGACCUACUAGGAACGGUCAAUACAGGGUCCAGAUAUUACAGAGGCAUGAACAUCACUUACUGUGGCUUGCCGUCGUUCAGACACUGGACCAAAAUCAGCAAGUACUUCUUGCCAGCAGCCAAAUUUAUCUAUAAGGCUUUGAGGAACCCAACGAGUAAGGUGUUGAUUCACUGCACACAGGGCCUCAGCCACUCGCCUCUGUUUCUGGCUUAUCUGAUGAUCUGCCAUGACAUGAUGGUGGAGGAGGCCAUUGAUCAUGCCAUAAAGCUGAGAUACAUCAAGCCCUAUUUCGGCCAUCUGAAGCACCUGUCCUUCCUCAGUGCUGACCUUGUGCUGCAGCGAAAACUGAAGUUACAAGGCAAAAAAACAGACAAAAAAAUGCAAAAAUGGCAGAUAAAAACAAAAUCGAACACCGAUUUAAAAAUGGUGCAGAGAUUAAAAAUGAAAAAAUAGAGCAUGGAUAAAAAAAAAU